GGAGGAAUGGCGACGGUCGAGACGAUUUUGGAGGCUUGUGUGCAGCUGGAUUUGACCAAACAGAGGCGGACUACAGAACAUAUAUGCUUUAUUUAUUCUUUUGUCAAGGUUUGAAUCCCUUUUGAGCUGCUAAAGUCUGUGGUGGAACCCAAAAAAUGGACAAUGGAGUAACGGUGUCAUCCUCAUCCAGCAUCAUCUCAUCCGCAUCCUCUCAGACUCCAACCACGAAGGCCACUCUAGCAGCAAAACGGGACUGCAAAAAGUCAGCAUCCACAACUCCUUCCUUUCUCUCCAACCUGGGCAGGGCCACCCUCAGGGGCAUCCGAAGAUGUCCCCAGUGUGGCGUCUACAACGGCACCCGUGGACUCAGCUGCAAGAACAAGGCGUGCGGGGUGUCCCUCAGAAACGCCUCGGCGACAGGGAAAAUCAGCAAGAAGUGCGCGGUGGAGGUGGUGAGGGUGAUAACGGACAGCGAGGAGAGAGGAGAAAAGGAGCAGGAGGGCGGAGUGGUCCUCGGUGUGGGGUCCAGUGGAGGAGCCCAGGUGUUUUCCGUGUGUCACAGAGGAAGAGGAGCCACAGCUACACAGUGGGGCUUUGUUGAGCUGGUUCCCACAGACACCGCCAUCGCAACCGGGGAUGGCGCCACCCUGCUCACCCGUAUCAACCUCGGCCGCUGCUUUCUGCCUUCUUGCCGGCAGGGUCAGAGGUCAAAUCAACGGGAAUCAGAGUCGGCAGCAGGCAAACAAUCCUCCGACAGCCUCUGCAUCCACAUCAAGCAAGCCAUAGAGUGUCAGAAGCAGGCGACGCCGCUGACUUUUAAAAGUUCAGUCCUGGAGGGCUUGCAGGCCUCCAUUCAAGCCCGAGAGGAACUGUGGAGGCUGGCCACGGAGUCCCCCGGCCCCCUGGUGCAGCGGGUCUCCAAGGACACCCUGGUGGUGAAGUGCCAUGCAGAUUCCCACCAUCCUCUGGGCUUGUUACAUUUCACUGUCGGCACAGCAGGACCUCAUGAAUCUGCAAAGGGCGAGAAGAGCGUCUUCCACUGUACCUGCCAGGUCAGCACGAGGAGAAAUAGACCUGGUGUGGACGGAGGAGGUUUGGGCAGCUCUCACCCUCCCUCCAGCUCGGGCAUGCCGCAGCUCUGCCUUCACUUCUACGCCUGCGUCUGUGCCUUUGCGAGUAACGAGAAGCUUGCUGCAGAGUUCGCUGCGUUCAUCGGCUACGCUGACAGCGACGGGCAGCGGACGCCUUCCAUCAGGAUAAACUGCGGUGAAAAACCUCUGCAGCAGGCCGAACCCAUCGGUUCCCAUCAAAAAGCCAAAAAGCUCCGUCUGGAGGAAUCUGCCUCUGCCCCCUCGGUUGCCUCUCCCCCUGCGGCGUGGAAGGAGGGAGUGUCGGCCUCCGGCGUGAGGAAAGCCGGUCAGAGGAAAGCGGGUGGUGUUGGUGGGCUGAAGGCUGCAGGGAAUGCCCAGGUUGUGGAUGAGCACACAGUGACGAUGGGCUUCCAUCAGUGGCUGGCCAGUGUGACGGAGCGGAUCCACCAGACGAUGCACUUCCAGUUUGAUGGAAAACCUCAGCCUCUCGUCUACCACCUCCCACAGGAGUUCUUCAAUGCUCUGCAGCAGCGAUUGUCACUGGGAUCCAAGAAGAGGAGACUGCCCAACUUCACGACAGUUGUGAAAAAUGACGGACUUCCUCUGGGCUCCUUCUCCAAGUACACCUGGCACAUCACCAACCUGCUGCAGGUCAAGCGCGUCUUUGACACUCCGGAGCUGCCACUGGAGGUCACGCAGAGUUUUGUGAAAAAUGGCGACGGUUCGUACUCGCGUUUCCACUGCCCCGAGCCGGAGCCAGAGUUACUGGAGGGAAGCAGGAUGGAACGACCACAGGCGAUAAGGCCCAUGGAGCUUCGCACCUUCCUUAAAGUUGGACCGGGAACCACAGAGCAGAAGGAGGCCAGUCCGUUCGUGAUGGAGUGGAUCCCCGAUGUCUUGCCGCGCUCCCAGAUGGGAGAGCUCAGGAUCAGCUUUGAGUUUGGCCACCAGCAGAGCGGCCAGCUGGAGAGCCCCGAGAAAACCGGCGUGGCGGAGAGAGGGGGUCGCAGCAAGUCGGACUGCACCCAAACCAGGGUCACGAAGGCCCCCGAGAUCGUCCAGGUAGUUGUGUAACAGUCCCGCCGUGUCUUUGUUUCUGUUUACAUCUGCUAGAACCAGUUCAAUGACCGAUACGCCACAGAGCACUAAAGGAGAUGGUGACGUCCCAGAAUCCUGAUCAACAGGAAACGCGUCAGUCGUCCAGACUCAAGGAAGCCAUAUGUUAAUUAAUUAAUUAAAUGGGGUCCACGCAGAGACGAUUUCAUUACAAUUUCACGUGGAAUGACAUAAAUAAGGAUGCAUGCCAGCACUGCACUGCCGACAAUGAGCGUGGGGGAUAUUUGACGGACAUCAGUCGUAGAACUAACACCUUCAGGGCUUUGAAAAAAGAACAAACCCUUCCUGACAUUUUUCACGUUUUGUUGCCUUAAACCUGGAAUCAAACUGGAGUGUUGAGGGUUUCUUUUCACCUGAUCAGCGCAAAAUGUUCAUCAG